AUGGAGGUACAUGGUCCUCGCAGGAAUCCCAGCUAUCUCUCUGACCUCUAUCAGAACAUGUUACGGGCUGAAGAAGCGCAAAGACGCGGCCAGCAACAGUCCCCUGCAAUCCAUACAAGUAGCAAUAUGAUUCUUUGGAGCAAUACCCCAGCUAAGGGGAGCCCCCAGCCACAGAGCAGCACUUCCUCCAGCUGUGAUCCAGCAUUACGGCCUAUCAUACGCCGCCGGGCAAGGUCUUUGCCUACGUCGCCGGAAAGAAGGAAGCGAGCCGGAGUGCAGUGUCAAAUUCCUGGAUGCCAGAGUCGGAUGAACCGGGUGAGAUUUGCUGAUGCUUUGGGCUUGGAGCUCACUGAAGUGAAAGUCUUCCAGAGUGGGGAGGAUCCAUCGAUCCCCUUGCAUGUCCUUUCCAGGCUCUCCAUAAACUCAGACCUCUGGUACAGCAGCUCAGACUUGGAGUUUACUAUGCAGUGUUUGGUCCCUGACUUCCAGCAGCCUGUAGACUGCAUGGAUUUCUCCUCCCGACUUCAGGAGCAGCAGGUGUGUCUUGAACGAGUGACCAGCUCAGAUCUGGGGCUCAGUGGCACCAUUCAGGUUCGCAACGUUGCUUUUGAGAAGCAGGUAUCUGUGCGAUACACCUUCAACCAGUGGAAAAGCCUCCAUGAAGUGUGUGCUCACUGGCACAGUAGCAUCUGUGAGAAAAACGGGCAAGAUCAGGUUGAUGUUUUCACUUUCUUUCUCCCUGUGCCUCCUUUCCUCCUUCAGCUGUGCUCUGUAGUCCAGUUUGCAGCAAGGUACCAAGUCAACGGCCAGGAGUACUGGGAUAACAACAGAGGGAAUAACUACAGUCUUACCUGCCGGACUCACCCCCUUAAGAUGCCUAGAGAAUGUGAGGAGAGCUGGAUUCACUUUAUCUAACAGAGGAAGUGGGCACAGAGCAGCUUGUCAGUAGUCUGGUGGCACUCUCUUCCUUGGCAUGGUGCUCUGCUCCUAUGGCAACAGUCUCCUUUUUGAAACCUGCCAAACCUGAUGAAGUGCUCCAGGGCAAGGAAGUAGCCAAUGACCCGAACAAACUGUUCUAAACUUCUCAGCAAGUAAAAAAGGCCAAAAUGUGUAUUGAGUUACAUUUGUUGAAAGCUCCUGUGAUUUCUUGUAGUGUAUGAGUGGGUGCAGAAUGGUCCCAGGGGAUGCUGUCAGACUACCACAGAGCAGAACAAGACUUCAUGUGACUAGCAAUAUUCUAGGUUUCAUAGAAUAUUUCUAACUGAUUUAUUUUACGAUUUUGUACUGUCUGUUUCCUAAAUAUGGAGUGUGGCUUUACUGGUUUUGUUUCUAAUUUUGUUUAUAUUAUCUCACCAAGUCUGGGCACUUUUCCAUUAUGCAUAACUUGGAUGGCAGACACUUUAGGGAGUACUUGUAUUUUUAUAUGUAUAUUAGUAAGACUGUAACCAUGUUGAAUAUUUCCGCUAAUAUUUGGGUUGGAAAUUAGAUAUUAUUCUGAUCAGAUCAUACAUGAAAAUGUGCCAUUAGCCCCUCUGUUUCCCUUAGAAAAAAAAAAAAAAAAGAAAAAAUGUGCCUUUUCUUAUCUCCAGUGUUUGCAGCAGGCAGCAGGAAUGACUGUUCCCAAAGUGUGUGCAAGGCAGAUCUUCACAGGGAAGUUCUCAUCUCUUUCAGAUGAUGCACAAGUAGGCUUUUUUCUCUAAGUGGUGGUACAGGAAUUGUCCAUUCCUUGUGUGCCUGUUUUUCACUAAGGGAAACUAGAACAAUUUUGCACCUGUGUAGCAAUUGCAGUUGAAGAUCUUAAAGUGCUACAUGAAUGCUGGUGAUUUUACCAGUGUUCCUGGUAAAUUUAUAAAUCAAGAAAUUAGCAUAAGAUUUAUAUAUAUAUAAAAAAUGAAUAGCCCCUACAGGGAGCUGAUUGCAGAGCCUUGGAAUAGCAUGCCAGAACCCUGAAUCCUGGCUCCUUGUUCCCCAGCAUCCCAGUACUGUUGCAGUAUUACCUCUGUAUUCUUUAAUCAACUGUUUCUCAUUAUAAACCAGUUGAACUCCAAGACUGCAUCCUUCGCAAUACAAAGAGGGAACUUCAAAGCAAAAUGAUGUUUGGUAAACUGAUACUUCCACAGACCCACAAACAAUCCUUUCUACAACUGGGAGAGCACAGGAACACUGUUAGGUGCAGUCUUCCCAUGCUUCUUGCUCUACUGCUUUCACUCUGUGGUUUUAGUGUGACUUACAGUUGGCAUCAGGCUUAAAUCUAGUAAGUAAAAGAUUGUAAAAAAAAACAAACAAAAAAAGUUAAAAUGCUUUGUUUCAUAUGUAUUCAUAACAGCAUGGAAAGUUUAGCUUUAUGUGUGUAGCACAAACUUUCAAAACUGUCUAGUUGUAUAAGAGCUGCUUUUUAGGACUGUACUAUGAAAAUUAGGCCACUUACUUGGGUAUCUUAUUUUGGAUUGCUGCUUAUUCAUCAAAAUCACGAGUUGUUUUAAAAAUCACUAUUGUAAGCAACCCACAGCCAAGUCUUUCCUAGUCCAGAAAGCUUACUGAGUAAUUCUGGAAGUGCAGAAACCCCAAGAAAAUUCAUAUGUCUGGCAACUUCACGUUACUCCUUAGUUGUGGUAACCAUUUAGCAAAGCACGGAUUUCAAGUGAAGAAGCUUCCUGGUUCCAUUGACAUUUGGCUUGCAAAGGAACCAAAGUCAUGCAGAUGAUCCUAUGAGCUUCUGAGCAGUUACUUGCAGUACUGAGAAAAUUCAGUCCUGUUUGAAACCAUUGAGAAUUAACUGUGUGUCUGCUUCAACUUUGUGUUGGAUCAUUGUGAGGUUGAAAGUUUAAAUUGUUCUGAAGGAUCAGGUGAGGCUGAGAUGCAAUUCAAACUACAGAGAGGAAGGGGUGCUGCCUGCUUUCAGUCCACCUGCAUUGUUUUCUGUGUCAGGCUUAUAGGAAUGAUGAUUUUAAAGCAUUGUUCUCCUCCUCCUCUCUCCCCAAUUACUGUAUUUCUUCUAUCAGCAAAACUACUCAAUCACCUCUCAGCACACCAUUAAAAAUUCCUCUCUUAUGAGACUGGUAUUUGACACCACUUUACAGUAGCUGUUGCUGGAGCCCAGUGCCAUAUUUGUCUUACUGGCAGAAAGAUGCUGUUGCCACCUUCUGGGAGAGACUCUUUCACGUGCUACGAAAUGUCAAACCUGAGUGUUACUGCAGGCAGGGACUGAUUAUGUAAAGCUGAGGUUGUCAGUGUGAAGAUUAGUCUCAUGUGUACCACAGUGUCAGAGAGAGGUGAAUAAUUAAUGACUUGGAGAUGAGUUUGGCUUAUAUUGGCCUGCUUCCAUGACCUCUCCGGGUAUUUGCAUGUGCAAAAUCUUGAACACUAAAGUAUUAUUCCAAGUUUGCCUUUCCUCUCUUUGCUUGCUGGAGAUUGCGCUCAUGAACUGCUGGAGAAGAACUGACAUAGCUGUUACUAACCCAGCUGUCUGGUGGUGCAAAGUUGAGCAGCCCUGCCUUGUAAUGGAACUGAGUAAUCUCUGGGUUAAGCUGCUGAACAUUCACACGAGUGCUGGCACCUGUCAUGAAAGAUGCAAUUUGCACAUAGGUUUUCCUGUCAUACUCAGUAGUGAAUAUCAAAAGGAUUCUAGCUGACAAAAAAGGGAUUAAGCCAUUAAGUAGUGGUAUUACACACCUGUGGUGAAGGUUAAUUUCUGAGCACCUUAUACAUUCUCAGGACAACUUGACUGCUUGCACUGUGUUCAAACUGAGCACUUCCCUUAUAAUGAGGAGUUUGUAAAAGUGAAUUCUUCACAAGGGUUAUUGCCAUAUAAUGCACUUUUAAAAACCUGUAUUUAUUACAAUCAUACAAUA